AUGCAGGCAUCCAAAGACAAUAAGAAAUGGGUUGGACAUGCUCAAGACUGUCUUGCUAACUGGCUCCUUGAAGGAGAAUAUGCUGAUGGAGAGGAUAGUGAUGGAGAGGAUGACAAUGAAGAUAAUCUCCCAGAUCUGACUGUUGAGGUUGAUGAUGAUGGUUAUCCUUGCCUACUGACAGGCUUUAGAUCUCUUAAGCUCAAGCAUAGGCAAAAGGUUGUUCGCUCUGUCUUUCAAAAGGCCUAUGCUGUUAUCACAAGCAAUUCUUGGGCUCCAGUGCCCUGGGGUGAGGUGACUGACAAUCCCAAUCACUAUCUUGAUUUGGAAUGCAUCUCUGAGAAUGUCAUCAUCAAGGACCCUUCCCACCUGCAAAAGGACACAAUCACUAUGCUUUACUCCCACUGGAUAGAUCACAUUAAUGAGGAAGAGCACCUGAAGAAGGUUGAUGAUGGUAAAAGCUCUUCAGAUGAAAAUGGAGUGGAGGUGGAGACUCUGUCCAUGGCUGAUUCCAGCCCCAAAUACCAUGUUGCUAGGGACAUGGUUGCUUAUCUCAAGUCUCUCUCUACUGUCCCUUUAUAUCAAUACCUUCUUGCUGCAGUUUCCAGCUUCGUCUAG